AUGUUAUCAGUAAAUGAUAACAGAAAGGCCCCACAAAUUAAAAAGAAGAGUUUUUCGCUCGUCUUUACCCUUUCCCUUUUAAUUUUGGUUGCUUUGGCAACUCUUUCUUUUGAAAAUUAUGUUCAACAUGAUGAAAGUGUGGCCGCUUGGUCUGAUUCAUCGUCAAUGUUUGUAGAAGGCUACGUCCCAACAACAAAAAGAUUUAGUAAUGUUUUUGCUAGCAGUAUUGAUGAUAAUAGCACAAUCGAUUGGCCUACUGUUUGUGCCCACUACUAUAAUCACACUAAUGGAUCCUCUCAUACUGGUGAAGAAAAAGAUGAUGAAGAAUCUAUUUUGAAUAUGCCUUGGUAUGAUAUUGUUAUUAACGUUUGUGCCAGUAUUUUCUUUAUUUUGGGUGCUGGUUUAAUGUCUGGUUUUACACUUGGUUUGCUCUCCAUUGAUACAAUGCAAUUGGAUAUUCUUAAAUCAACUGGUACCGAAAAAGAGAGAAAGUAUGCUGCUCGUUUAGCACCAAUCUUGAAACGUCACCACUUAUUGUUGGUUACCUUGUUGUUGUGGAAUGCUUUGUGUGUAGAAUGUCUUCCACUUUUCUUGGACAAGCUUGUUCCUGAAUGGGUUGCCAUUUUGUUAGGUAUUACUGCCGUUUUGUUGUUUGGUGAAAUUAUUCCCCAAGCUGUCAUUUCUAGAUAUGGUAUUGCUAUUGGUGGUACUUUGUUUUGGUUGGUUUGGUUCUUGAUUGGUCUUGCUUUCAUCAUUUCUUAUCCAAUCAGUAAACUUUUGGAUUGGAUUCUCGGAGCUGACCAUGGUACUCUCUACAAGAGAACCGAAUUGAAGGAAUUGGUCAAUAUUCACUCCAAGGCUCACGAUCCUAAUUUCCACUUGACUGAACACGAAGCUAAAAUUUUGGGUGGUGCUUUGGAAUUUGCCAGAAUUCCUGUCAGUCAAAUUAUGACAAAAUUUGAAAACGUUUACAUGUUGGAUAUUGAUAACAAACUUGAUGUUGAAACAAUGACAAGUAUUUGGCAAGCUGGUCACUCCCGUAUUCCUGUUUUCAAGGGUGACAAGAAUAACAUUGUUGGUUUGCUCUACGUUAAAGAUUUGAUUCUAGUCAAUCCUGAUGAAUGCUUACCAAUUUCUACAAUUUUGACAUUCUACGGAAGAGAGGUUCUCAAAGUUUUCCCUGACACUUAUUGUGAUGAAAUGUUAAAGACCUUCAAAUCUGGUAGAACUCACAUUGCUAUUGUUCAUGAACCAAGAGAAUCUGAAACUGGUGGUGAUCCAUACUAUGCUAUUGUUGGUAUUGUAUCUCUUGAAGAUAUCAUUGAAGAAAUUAUUAAGGAUGAAAUUGUAGACGAAACUGAUAUCUAUGUUGAUAAUACUAAUCAAUCCAAGAUUAACAGACCACAAAACUCUACUAGUUUAUUACUCAAGUUGGAAAGAACCCACAGACUUACUCCAAAGCAAGUUGUUGCUGUAGCUUCCUACUUGUGGAAGAGUAUGGCUACCUUCAGACUUUUACCUGAAGAAUAUUUGCAUAGACUCCUUGGUAAAUGUGCAGUUGUUGACAUUAAGAAGACUUCUGAUCAAGAAUUGCUCCUCAUUGAAAAGAAUAAGGAAUGCGAUUUCUUUGCUCUUGUUUUCAGUGGUAAACUUGAGGCUGUUUUUGGUGAAGAAAAAUUCACUUCUGAAAUGGGACCUUGGAGUUUUAUUGGUGAAAGAGCCCUUACAAGAGAAACCUUUAUUCCAGACUAUGAUGUUCGUAUUGUAAAGGAUGUGUCAUUCGUCAAGAUUACCAAGAAGGAUUUCAUUGAAAUUAUUUCUCAAGUAUUUAUUCAAGAAGAUUCCUUCUUCUUGCCUAAAGAUAUGGAAUGGAUGAAUCCAAUCCUCACCAACAUGACUAAGAAUCAAACUUCAAACGUCAAGAUUUCAUCAUCUCCACACAUUCCUCAUAGAUCCAGUGAUAAUUUAAAUAAGAAUUUAGAACCUGUAAGACCAGUUCUUGAUACAACUCCUGCCGAUACAGAAAUUGAGUUAGAUGUCGAUCAUACCAUUUCACAAAAGAAGGGUUUCUUCCAAAAGUAUUCCAAGUUCAAAGAUGAUAUGAAUGAAGAAGAUGAUAUUGUUUAAAGAUUUUAAAUUCAACAUAAUGUUAAAUUUACUUUAAUUUACUUUCAAGUGAAAGUAGAAAUCCAAUAAAAGUUGUUUCAUAUC